GGCGCUUAUGCGCUGGUUCUUCCUCCUUCCCUUGCGUAAGAAGCGCGCGCUAGAGAGAAAGGAGGAACGAAAAAGAAGGCGAGCGUGGCAAGGCGAAGCUCUCCCGGAAGGGAAAGGAGUCGGGACGCGCGCUCCUCCCGAGACGCCGCGGGAUCGAACGUCCGCCGCUCCAAAGCGUGCGCCGCACAACAGCUCUCAUCUCCGCGCGAAACGGACGUCCCGUUGCCGACGCCACGUGCGCACGGCUCUCCCCAGUUCACUGUGCCGUCCAACUAGCUAGUUCCGUUGUUGCUGAAUGAUGGUAACGCGGAAGGCGAUUCCUCCACUUGUGGGGAUUUCUUCGACCUCGUCGCUGUGGUUACUCCUACGAGAUUGACUCGUCGGACUUCGAGGCUGUCGUUGUCGGAGACCAUGUUUACGGAGUGUGGUGGAAACCAACGGCCAAACAACUCUUCACGCGUGGUUCUUGAGGCAUCGCCAGCUUACGAGGCUUACCUUCUGUUUCAAACCUUGGAUACCUAACAGCGCUCCCUGGUCUCCCCUUGGCAAGUACCUGGACUGCCACUUCAUUGUUCAUCCGCUAUUGAAGCACCGCCAUGGAGUUGGUGGUGAACCUGGAGGCACCAUUCUCAACGCCGCCUGUGCAGCCUUCUACGGACAGCAUUGUGGAACCGGUCAAUGCCACAACUUGGGCUGGCACUCGCGACGAAUCGCUGGCGCAUGUGGAGCUCGGCGUGCUCGCUUUGAUCUUCACGUUUACCGUGGCCGGCAACGGCUGCGUUCUAGCUGCCUUGGCAGCGCGCCGCUCGAAGAUGACGAGAAUGUACUACUUCCUAUUGCAGCUCUGCGUUUGCGACUUGACCACUGCGUUCUUGACGGUGCUGCCACAACUCGGUUGGGACGCGACUUACCGUUUUAGGGGUGGAAACAUUGCCUGCAAAUUUGUGAAGUUUGGACAGCUUCUGGGACCGUACCUAUCCUCUUACGUCCUUGUCGUGACGGCGAUAGACCGUUACCAGGCCAUCUGUUUCCCCCUCUCUAACUGCUCCUGGACGCCUGCAAAGUCCAAGCUACUCAUCUCCGUCGCCUGGAUCGUGGCGCUAUUGUGCUGCGUGCCGCAGCUAUUUAUCUUCAGCUACCACGAAAUUUCGCCUGGCGUUCACGACUGCUGGGGUACGUACGUCGAGCCUUGGGGCCUACGUGCGUAUGUCACCUGGUACGGCGUCUCCGUCUUUUUCGUGCCGUUGCUGGUGCUGACUUUCACGUAUGUCGCGAUAUGCCGCACCAUCUGGAGGAACGUGUACCUGAAGCGGCGUAAUUCUGAAGCAGAAGCGGCAUGCAUGGUUGGACGCGCUUAUCGCUUCAAGGGGGCCUCGACCAGCUGUGGUACGCCGUACGUCAGUCCGCACAAAGCGAAGACAGUGAGCUUUAUGGGUCCCCGGAGCCAUUCUGUGCGCGGCUUGUCCCGGGCCAAGAUAAAAACCGUCAAGAUAACCAUCGUGGUUAUACUGCUGUACAUCGUCUGCUCAUCGCCCUUCAUCUGCGUGCAGAUGUGGAUGCACUGGAGCCCCGAGAUUGACUACGGCAAUUCAUGGACCAACGCCGUCGUGACAAUCCUGAUGCUGCUCAACAGCCUGAACAGCUGCGUGAACCCGUGGAUCUACCUGCUGUUCAACCGGAACCUGAUGCACGCGCUCAGGUACCAGGUGUGCCGCUGUCCGUCCAAGAACGUCAGCCCCGGUAUGGCCACGAGCGGAAUGGUUCCCGAGCUAACAACCCAGGGAACAGAGGCCAACGUGACGCUCGUUCAGCACCCGGUGCUCGUGGAUUUCGAGUCCACCGGCGGUUGUAGGGGACAACGUGUCUGCUGCCGCGCCAGGAUGCUCGGCGACAGCAAUGGGGUCUCCUCGGGCGAGACCAUCGCGAUGGCACCCUUCGCUCUGCAGGCGGCGAGCCCCAGCGACGGCCGCGGCGGACGAUGUGUGCUGGGUCGGUGAACAUCGAGGGCGGAGUUCUUCAGCACAUGGUCAUCAGUGGCCUACCCUUGCCGAAUUUGAAGAAACUGGUACUUUAGUGUUCGCCAGUGUGUGCACGUGCAGAUCACGGCGAUCGCUACUUCAGGGUUCUCUGUAAACAGGCCCGUUCACGUCAGCAGCAGCAUCAGUCAUUUCACUCAGUCAAGUACGAAAAUGGGGGAACCAUCGGUUGUGUUUUGAACACACUAGAUUUCUUAAGUGUUGUAACGCAUAAGAAUUGAACUACAGAUUGCCACGGACUGCUCACGUCACAUCGGCGUAGUCAUGAUGGCCACGGAGCGUUCCGUCGUAAUGUGUGUGGAAACGUGUUUGCGUCAGUGUUAAAUACAGAUACAAGUGGCACGCUUCGCUUGAAAAGCUGUGUCGAGCUGUCUGCGCUAGCGAGGCCUCAGUUUCAUAAAAUGUGUACGCGUAACAAGAACAAAAUAGUAUUCCGUAGCCAUGCUUCAGGACUACCGCUGUUUGUCAUACUAGAAGUGACGCCUCUCUGCUUAAUUAUCUGCAAAGUAUGAGCGUUGCGCACUGUAUAUUUAAGGCGAACGCCUUAGGUCUCUAUGAUGGCGGGGACAUUGGUGGCCGUCAACCCGGUGACUGAAACAUCGCCUUGACAAAAAAUAGCCAACGCCGCAAAUAGUAAAAAUAAUUCAAAAAUGCACGAAUCGAUGUCACAUUUAUCAGGGAGGUUUCUGUAAACAAAGUAAAUUAGUGGCUUUGAAAAGAAAAUUUGGUACAUCUCGGUCUGGAUGAGGGUGCGAGAUGAGCGCGCUACCCUGCAGCCAUGGCUGCUACAAGUUUCGGGCUCACUUAAGGUGUGCUAGUGCGUGCCUGAUUGCACACGCCAUGUCGCAGCAAUGUUGCUGACUAGUCCGUGUCCUAUUGAGCGACGCAUGUGACGAUGCGAAGGAGGUGGCUCCAGGCCACGAGGGUCUAAAAUGAGCGCGUUGACGACGUUCCGAGGCCUACAAACGGCUUAGUGGGUUUGCAUUCCCACACGUAAGCAGUCUUAAGUGUCUGUCGAAUUUUAAGUUUAGUAAUUGCUGUCGUGCCAGGUGUCAUUGCGUAGAAAAGCGUGGGCUUUGCGCUCUGCGCAUUGACGUCACAGACGGAGCGGCGGCGGCAGUUGUCGGCGGCGAGCGAUGGAGGAGCGUGCACGCUCUGGCGGCUAGCGGGGGUGGCUGCGCAAGUACGCCACUGCGGAAGAAGCGCGUGCCGCUGCGCCUUGGUGAGGAGGUCGCCUUAGUACCACACGUGUGCUUCCCAUUGCGGCUCGUUGUGUCCGGCAAGAAGUCUAGCUCCGAUCGCAUAACCUAAUGCAUUACCAACACGUCUUAUAAAGAAGCCUAACCUCGAUUGUAUAACUCCAUGUAUUAACAAGUGAGCAGCAGGCUCUAGCCUUCUUGUAUUACAAGAGUGCAACACCUGCUGAACUUCUUUUUGUCAAGAACUAAUGGUAAUUUGUAAGAAGUUACCCUUAUACCUCCUCACUUCACACAAUCAACUAACAGUCAGGUUGCUAACAGUCUGGUUGCUAACACGAGGCCAGAGGGUCUUAUUAUGUUUAAUAAAUUAAACUUUCGGCUUAUUAUACUAUUAUAUAAAACACACGCGCACGCACACGCGCACGUUCGAUUACCUCCGCAGAAUCCAACCCGCGACCUCGUGCUUAGCAGCGCAACACCAUUGCCGCUGAGGCCCCGCGGCGGCUACAGACGUGACAAGGCCCUGCUUGCCAUCUAGGAGGAAGUCUGUCGGCUGGGAAACCAGGCCAGUACGGACUGAUAGAUUACGCAGCGAAGACGCGUGGUAGACGUUCUCAUAAAUACAGCCUGUUUGUUCUUCA